AUGCCAGGUAUACCCAGUUUGGGCCUUGCACACCCUCGCGACCCACUGAAUGGUUUUUGGGCCCGCGCGGGAAUCUCUCGCCACCCCGCACGCGCUCUUCUCGCCUUCCGCGCGGUAUCCCAUCGCAUCCCAGCGCGCGCUCCUCUUACCGCCCCGCUCGGCCUCCUCUCACCAUCCCGCGCGUGCUCCUCUCGCCUCCCCUCGCGUGCUCCUCUCGCCUUCAAUGCUCGCAAAUCUCUUGCCUCCCCGCGCGGCCGCCUCUCGCCUCCCCGCGCAGCCUCCUCCCGCCAUCCCUCGCGCGCCCCUCUCGCCUCCCCGCGCGUGCUCCUCUCUUCUCACCUACUCGUUCUCCUCUCGCCUCCCCUCGCGCGCCCCUCAAGCCUCCCCGCGCGUGCUCCUCUCUCCUCACCUACUCGUUCUCCUCUCGCCUCCCCUCGCGCGCCCCUCAAGCCCCCCCGCGCGUGCUCCUCUCUCCUCACCUACUCGUUCUCCUCUCGCCUCCCCUCGCGCGCCCCUCAAGCCUCCCCGCGCGUGCUCCUCUCUCCUCACCUACUCGUUCUCCUCUCUCUUCACCUUGCAUGCCUCCCACGCCUCCCCGCGCGUGCUCCUCACUCCUCACCCUGCGUGCUCCUCUCGCCUCCCCGCGCGUGCCCCUCUCUCCUCACCUCCAAUGCUCUUCGAUCGCCAACCUUGCGCGUGCCCCUCUCUCCUCACCCUGCGUGGGCUCCCCUCUCCUCACCUUGCGUGCUCCCCUCUCCUCACCUUGCGUGCUCCCCUCUCCUCACCUUGCGUGCUCCCCUCUCCUCACCUUGCGUGCUCCCUCUCCUCACCUUGCGUGCUCCCCUCUCCUCACCUUGCGUGCUCCCCUCUCCUCACCUUGCGUGCUCCCCUCUCCUCACCUUGCGUGCUCCCCUCUCCUCACCUUGCGUGCUCCCUCUCCUCACCUUGCGUGCUCCCUCUCCUCACUUUGCGUGCUCCCCUCUCCUCACCUUGCGUGCUCCCCUCUCCUCACCUGGCGCCCUGCUGAAGUGGACUAAGCAACUAAUAUCGCGGAGUGAGGCGGGAUAUAACGUCCCUCAACUUACUCGUUCCAGGAUUAAUAUUCUCUCGUCAUCACGCCCGCGCUGUCGAGAGCAGAGGCGGCAGUUCUCGCUCCUUCGCCGGGUGCGUUGCCGAGCGACUGAAGCGCGAACGACCCUUGCGCGUGCCUGUUACGCCCAGGCGUCGCGGUCGCGCCGGGAGUCGCUGGCUCCGCCAGCAGGCCACGCGCGCCCCUCAGCGCGCACACGCUGGUUGGCCCCGCCGUCCCUCCAUCACCGCCCCUCUCCCACCAUGGCGCAACCGGCGGCAGUGGAUUUCGCCCUUCCUCCGCCCGCGGACCCCCUUGAAGCCGCCCCGCGCGCGACUCACCGCGGGCGGGCGUCCGCCAGGCGGCGCGCGCAGCGCAAGCUGGCGUCGUGCCUGGACCGCCUGGGCGCGUGGAGCCCGUUCGGGCAGGCGGAGGGCGCUCAGGCAGAGAGCGCUGCAGGGCCCGCGCGCGGAAAUUUCACCGCGGCGGAGGCGGCGGCGGAGAGGGCCAUGGAUGAGCGCGACGAGGCCGGGCGGGGGGGAGGGGAGGGGGCGGAGGGGGAGGAGUGGGCGGAGGAAACGGAGGAUGCGGGCGCGGCGGGGCGGGGAACGAGCAGCUGCGAGGAGGUGCGUGCGGCGCAGCCUCUGCAGGCGCACGGGAAGGCGUGGCGCGGCUCCGCCGCUUUUAGCGCCCCACCCAGCGCCCAUGCUUCAGCAGCAGCAGUGGGCCCUACCUGCGGCGAAGCUCGGAGGCUCGGGACGGCGGAUCUUGCCAAGCCGGAGCAUGAGGUUCGGUUGGGUUUCCGAGGCAGAGGCGUGCGCGUGUCAGGGUGGUCGGGGGGCAGCUCGGACGAGAGCUGGCAUGCGCUGGAGCAGCAGGCAGCCCGGCGAGCAGUGCGGCCGGGCAGUGGGGGGGGGAGGCAUGGGCAUGCGCAUGCGCAAGGGGGUGGGGGUGGGGGUGGGGGUGCGCGCGGUGGUGCUCACGAAGACUGCUGGGCGCACAACAGUGGCAGCAGACGUGUGGGAUUCGGCCCACUCGCAGGCAGGGUUUGUGAGGCAGGCGAGAAGGGAAGGGCAGCUGAGGCAGGCGAGGCAGGUGAGGCAGGCGAGGCAGGUGAGGCAGGCAUGGGUGGGGCGGCGCCGGCGAGUGAUGAGGCAUGGGUGCGAGGCAGUGGUGAAGUCACCGCAGGAAGCAUGGGAGGCAACAGCAUGGGGCCGCCUAAAGCAAGGCGCAGUGGGGCGGUGGGAAGGCGGAGAGGGCUGUCAGCACGGGCAGAGGCGCGCAGGCGAGGCGAGGACGCAGAGGGCAGUGGAGGGGAGUUGGGGCGUGGGGAAUGGGAGGGGGGCGCGCAGCACAGAGAGGGCCCGGAGCGAGGAGAUGGGCGGAGGGAGGGAGGGAGCGGGAUGGCGGGCAAGGGUGAGGCAGCGGAAGCAGGGGAAGGGAGUGGGGCGGGGGCAGCGUGGGAUGCUGCUGCUGUGUUUGCUGCGCGUGGUGCUCCUGCUGCUGACGUGGACGGUCCAGCUGGUGAGGGAAGCAGCUUGGAAGCUUCUAGAUGGAGGAGGAGGCGGGUGAGGAGGCAGAGAGUGGCGGUGGCAGGGGAGAACGCCGGCUUGUUGCAAGGAGAAGGGGGGAGGGUUGGGGGGAUUGGUGAGGAUGGGGGGGAUGCGGAGUUGGUUAGUGGCAGCAGCGGUAAGGGGCACGGGACAGCAGAGGGGGAGGACGGGGGGCGGGAGAGUGAGGGGGCAGGCGGCAUGCUGGUAGGAGCAGCAGGGGCGAGGCAGGUGUGUGGGCGCAAGAGGGCAGGGCGGGAGGUGUUUGUAGGGGAUGGGGGGAGCGACAGCAGCGAAUACCAUGCGGAGGUGGAGGAAGGGGGAGAGGGGGAUGAGGAGGAGGAGGAGAGGGAGGAGGAAGGUGAGGAGGGGGAGAGAGGCACGCCUGGUGCUGGUGCUGGUGGGUGGGAGGCAGGCGGAGGAGGGGAGUGGGGUGCGUGGGGAGGUGAAGGGAUGCUGAUUUUGGAGGAGAAAGGUGGGGCGGCGGAGUGGGCGGGGUGCAGAAUGGCUGUGCGGGGGGGCGGGGAGGAGAGUGAAAGCUCGGAGGAAGGCGGCAGUGCAGCAGGCAGGAGGGGUGUGGGACAGAUGGCAGCGGGGGCAGGGCGGGGCACAUGGCGGUGGAAGGAGGGCAGGCAGGUGAGGCACAUGAAGAGAUUGAAAGGUGGGCAGGCAGGUGAGGCACAUGAAGAGAUUGAAAGGUGGGCAGGCAGUGCCCAUCUUGGAAUGCUAACAUCCUCCCCUCUCCCCCCUCCCGCUCGGCAUCACCAUGUGCAGCUUCGAAAGAGGCGGCGCUGCAGCGUGCAGGCAGCGCAAGGCAGGGUGGGAGUGGCAGUGGUGGGCGGCCACAGCAGCGAUGCUGCAGCAAUGCCCUGCGAAAGCAGCGACCCGGCAGCAGCAGCCCCAUGCAACACCUCCUGUGCCUCCGACCCCCUCGCUCCCUCCCUCUCCCUCUCCGCCUCCGCCAGUGCUGCUGUGCUCUCUGACCCCACUGCCCUGCUCUCUGACCAGCCUGUCGUGCCACCCUCUCCCUCUCUCUCUGAUCGCGACCGCCUCUCCGACGCCCAUCCGCUCUCCGAGAUCGGCAGGAGCUCCGACGCGGGCAGGCACUCCCCCGCACCGCACUUAACCUCACCUACUGCCUCUCCCGCUGCCGCUGCUGCCACCCUUGCUGGUGGUGGUGCAUUUAAGGGCGGCAGCAGUGGGAGCAGCGGGCGGCAGGCGGGCGGCGGGAAGCAUGUGAGCCGUGCGAGUGGCGAGCUGUACUAUGGCCACUCUCGCCCUGCCGGCUCGUCCCGCCCCACACGGCAGCAGCACGGGCCGCGCGGGGCUGUGAGGCCGGCAAGACAGCAGCGGGUGGAGGCGGGGCGCAACAGCAGCCGACGUUGCAGCUCUGCUGCCAGGGGAUCACAGGGUGGUGCAGGCAGGUGUGGCGGGCGCAUGGGGAAAGGUGCGAGUGGAGGGGGAGGGUUGGGUGUGGAUGGGUGGAGGCAGAGGCUGAGUGUAGAGGAGGGGUGGGAGGAGGGUGGGCAGGUGGCGGUGGUGCCGGGAGGAGGGGGGUAUGUGAGCAGCAGCAGCACGGGGCUUGACCUGCCACAAGGGGCACGAGACAGGCGAGGGGCAGCAGCGCUCAGCACGCCCAGGAGCAUAGUGGAGGGGGAGGCGCUGGGGAGAGACUGGGCGAGAGAGGGGGCGUGGGCAAGGGAGGGGCCGUGGGAGCAGGAGCAGGGGCGCGUGGGGGAGGAGAGGCGCAGUGGGCGGGUGGGGAGUGAGGGGCAGAGCGGGGGAGACUCGGGGUAUGGCAGCGACGUGGGGUAUGGUGGGGAUGGGGAGCUGGGGAGUGAUGUGUGGGGCGGGGAGGAGGAUGAAGAGGAUGAGGAUGAUGAUGAUGAUGAGUCUGGCAUGGUGCUUGCAUCAGCAUCAGCAGUGAUGCAUGCUGCUGUGCAGACUGGCACACAUAUUGGCACACAAGCUGCGGUGUUGACUUGUGGCACAAUUAGUGCCAUACAGCCUGCUACCACCUGGCCACCACCUGCAGCAGCAGCACCUCAGCAGCCCUGCUGCUUCCAUCCAGCAGAAUUGCACGUUCCACCCAAAGUAGGUUUGUGA